AAUUUGUUAGAAUUGUAAUAUAAGGUCAUAGUAAAAUGUUAUAAUUGGAAUUACCAUUGGACUAAGAUGAGUCUUUCGAUAUCCAGAGUUAUAAUGGGAUUCCCUUGGGAAAUGAAUUCUAUAUAUUGCGCCGAAACAAAAACAUAUUUUAUAAUGUUUUGUGAGCAAAUAAGAAAUGGAUUCUACAACUGUUAUAAAAGCAAUGCUGUUUUUAUUAACAAUAUCUGCUUGUGUUUCAGUAAUAAUAACAAAACCAACAGAUGAGAAUUCAAAAUGGAUUUUUCGCUGUGGUCCAUCUCAGACAAAAUGUGACAAAAGAACACAUUUUUGUGAGUCCAGGAUGGACCAGUGCAACUUGUGUUUUGACUACUGCUCCGAGAACCGCAUUAAAGGAAAUUUACAAUACCAACAGCAGUGUCAUGAAUUUUGCUCAGUAUGGAUGAGGGAUCAAGAAAAGGCAAAGCAAACUCCAAUUUUCUCAACAGCUGAAAUGACAACAGCCACUGCAACUUCAGGUGCUAUCUCUUCAUCAGCCACAACGGAACAAAAUCAGACCCCGGUGACAAAUGAACAAUGGCGUACUACUGUUAUAGUAGCCUGUGCACUUCUUUUCAUGAUUGCAAUGGUCUUUGCUUUGAAAAGAUGUCAUCACAAAAUAAUUCCACAUAAAAAUCAAGAUACUGGGAAGAAUGAACAAACAAUCAAAAAGGACUCGGCACACAGCGAUGAUGAGGAAUUCAAUAAUGACAAUGACCAGUUGAUGCCUAACAAUGUACGCUUAGGUACUGCAUCUACUACUAGGGUAGAUCUACCUAUUGAUGGCGCUUACAAAAAUGCUGUACCUGCUUCAAUAACCUAAGUUAAGAACAGUCUUGGAGGUUUACUUUUUCGGGGACUGUUUCUGAAUGUGAAUGGUCCAAACAAAUGAAUCAGAUGACAGCAUCUACUCAGUCUUACAUUUCAUUAUGCUAUUGGGAUAAAUAUAUUUGGAAUAUAUACUUAUGUUUUGACUAAAGUGGAUAUAGUGUUUUGUAGAGACAGAAUCUGAACAAUACCCAUGAACAACAAAAUGAAUGGUGCAUGUUGAUUAGGCAGUCUGUUCAGCUUUUGCUUAGCAGUAAACACGUUUGUUUCUUGUCAGCAGUUACAAACAACUGGUGAACAUACCUUGUUAUUUUCCUUUUUUGUUGAGAUUUCGUUAUGGUGUUUUCCUCAUCUCUCUUUUUUAGAACUUGAAAAUUGUACUCUAGUUUCUCUGUAUUGAGUUGAUAUGUGGCCCUCAUCUGCUGUAACUGUUGCUCAAGAAUCUUAAAAAUAGAAAACAGAUAACACUGUAU